AUGGAUUAGAAUCAACCAAAAAAAGCUAUAAAAAGAGCUUAUUGUAAAAAAGUGAAGCCUCAAAUGGUUUUUAGAUCUGAAAGUGAAAAAAUGAGAUAACUACUAUAAAUUAUAGAUGAUAAUAAUAGUUUAGCAAACCUAGAUAAAUAAGUAGCUUUAGCCUCUUCUAAUUCAUAAUUAAAGAAUAUAUAAGAAUAACAAUAGAGUUCUUAAACAUAAUCAAGUGAUAAAAAUACUUAAAAUACAACUUUAAUUUAGCCAAGUACAGAAUAAACACCUAAAUAAACAUUAGAAAUUAAGAUAAUAAAAAAAGCUUAACCAUAAGAGUUGAUUAAUGAAACAUAAAAGAAGAAAUUGAAACCAGAUGAAAAUUAUGAGUAAAGAUUUUGUUAAAUGAAAUGUGAAUUACAAAGCUUUUUAACUUAUUGGAUCAUGAAACUUAAAUCUUCAGUUAUUGAUACAUAAUAGAUGGUAGAAUAAUUAGAAUAAUUUAAAUUAUGA